AAUAACACAACAUAUUUCCACAUUUAUCUCUUAAAAUCUGCAAAAAAACAAAAACAAUAUACUACAUAAGUGCACUAGGGAUUUUACUUUAUACAAAUCAUUAUAGUUGCGAAAAUUAUUAUUGGUAUUGAUUGAAAAACAUGUUUUUGCAAAAUUUUUUUACUAAGUAGACAUAUAAAAAGUCAAUUCUCUAAACCAGCUGGUAAAACGUUUUCAAUUUUACACUAAAACGUUCUCCCGUCUUCAAACAUUUUUAAGCUAUAAUCUAUUACAACUAUUUUGAAGUUUUAAAAUAUGAAGAUUCUUGUUAUUAUUUUUCUGGCAGUUGUUGCUGCUCAGGCACUAAGUGAUCAAGAAGAAUGGGCACAGUUUAAGGUGCAACACAAGAAAAAUUAUGUAAACUAUGUGGAAGAACAGAAGCGUUUUGAAAUUUUUCAAGUAAAUCUCAGAAAAAUAGAACACCACAAUGAAAAAUACAACAAGGGACUAUCUACUUACGAAAUGGGGGUGACCAAGUUUGCAGACUUAACUGACAAUGAGUUUAUGAGCUCUUUAACACUGUUUAGUGAACCUAUACCAGACAGUAUCGUUCACACAUUACCUCAAGUAUCAGAUCUACCAUCUGAGUUUGACUGGAGGCAAAAGGGAGCGGUUACCGAAGUCAAAGAUCAAGGAACUUGUGGAUCAUGUUGGUCGUUUAGUACAACUGGAACGGUGGAAGGAGCUUAUUUCCUGAAAACGGGAAAUUUGAUCUCUCUAAGCGAACAAAAUUUGGUAGAUUGUGCAAGCGACUUAUGUAAUGGAUGCAGUGGAGGCUGGAUGUAUAAAGCGCUUGAAUAUAUCAGAAAAGCUGGAGGAAUCAUGUCUGAAAAGGACUAUCCAUAUGAAGGAGUUGAUGAUCAAUGCAGAUUUAAUGUUUCGAAUGUAGCUGCUAAAAUCAGCGGCUUUACGUAUAUCAAGAAAGGUGAUGAAGAUGAUCUUAAAAAUGCAGUUUAUGUGAAAGGUCCAGUAUCUGUAGCUAUUAUGGUUACUCCCAACUUUAGUCGAUACAAAUCAGGAAUAUUUGACGAUGACGCUUGUAUUACCGAUUAUGUGAACCAUGGGGUACUAGUUGUAGGCUACGGAACGCAGAAUGGAAAAGAUUAUUGGAUCGUAAAAAAUUCUUGGGGAGAUCAGUUUGGAAAUAAUGGAUACAUAUGGAUGACAAGAAAUAAAAACAAUCAGUGUAAUAUUGCUAGUUUUGCAACUUAUCCAAAUAUUUAAAUUUUUAUUUGGAUAAUUUUUGCUAGUCUAUGUAAAAUUAGGUUUUUAUUUAAAACGCAGAAACGUCAAGAGAAAUUUGUUAAAACAUUUUUUUUGAUCAGAUUAUAAUAUAAUUAAACAAAAA